AUGAACGAUCCGAAUUACGACAGCGAUUCAUUGGACAACGGAGAUAUAGAAUUGAAAAAAAUAAUACCGGAAGUAAGCGAAGAAGAAUUACGAAAGGGAACGGAAUCGAUAAUAUUUGAAUAUUUCGAACAUGGAGACACUCGUGAGGCCACGUUGGGAUUUUACGAAUUGAACACGGGUACAAAAAGAUUCAUGAUCGUACAAAUAGCCAUUGAAAUAGCUAUGGAACACAAACCGAGUCACAAGGAAAUGAUAUCCGUUCUUUUAUCUGAUCUCUAUGACAUUGUCCUUUCGUACAGGGACUUGGCCAAAGGUUUUGAUGUACUUUUAAGAAAUCUUUCCGAAUUGAUUUUGGACACUCCGGAAGCUCCGAAAUUUUUGGGUAAUUUUCUCGCUCGUGCCAUAGCGGACGAUUGUCUUCCGCCAAAAAUAAUAACCACAUACAAGGAAAAAAUCGAUGAUGAACAUGCCAAUGCCGCUUUGUCGAGAGCGGAAACCUUAUUAAAACACGGUCUAGUCCGACUCGAUAACGUUUGGGGCGUGGGAGGAGGAGGGCUCCGCCCCGUCAAAUACCUCAUAAGGCAAAUGAAUCUUUUGCUUAAAGAAUACCUUCUCUCGCGGGAUUUGGAAGAGGCGACAAGGUGUCUUCUCGAUUUAGAUGUUCCUUAUUUUUAUCACGAACUCGUGUACGAGGCCAUUUUGAUGACGAUAGAAGCCAUUAGCGGUCACACGGAGGAAAUGAUGUGUAAAUUGUUGAAAAGUCUUUGUAACGCCCGAAUAAUAACUCCCGUCAUGCUGGAAAAGGGAUUUUAUAGAGUUUUCGAAGAUAUGCCAGAUAUAUGCCUUGACGUUCCUUUAGCUUAUUGCAUACUCGAAAGGUUUGUCGAACGUUGUCAAAAAGCCAAUUUUCUCACCGACAACAUAAUUAAACGAGUUCCGUCACGUGGAAGAAAACGUUUCGUGUCCGAGGGAGAUGGAGGACGAGUCAAAGAAAAUCAUUUUUAUUAA